AUGAGAGCUCUCAUCGAAAACGGAGCAGAUAUAAAUGCAAGGGGACUCCAUAAUGAAACAGCUCUCCAUGUUACUGUACAGUGUGACGAGCCCGUCAUUGCAAGAUGGCUGUUAGAAAAUGGUGCACAUUAUGAUGUGAAGACUGCCCCCUACUUAGAUCCACAAACAAGUGAGAAACUUCCAUCAAGCUACACUGAAGAGCCAAAGAAACCGAAUUUUGAAGACGUAGCCAAAUUUCUUGUACAGAACGGUGCAGUUGUAAAUGCUAGAAAUUCAGAACGUGUGACACCACUGCAUUUCGCAGCAGAAAUGGGAAAUGUUAACAUAGUAAAACUGCUGAUCCAGAGCCAGGCCGCGAUUAAUGCAAAGAAUCUGGAAGGCUUCACUCCAUUGCACGUGUCUAUACAGAACAGACAAGCCGCAGUAAGUCAGUUUUUAAUAAAUAGUGGAGCAGAUGUGAAUGCGACAGAUGAAGAGGGAUGGACCCCUUUGCAUAAUGCAGCGCACAGUGGAUACCCAGCGGAAACCGCUAGACUUUUGAUUGCGAAAGGUGCUAGCGUGAAUGCGCGGGAAAAGAUUGGACGAACACCCCUGCACCUUGCUGCAGCGAUUGAUUUCACCGAUGUAGUGAACAUCCUGGUCACAAACAAAGCUGAUGUUAAUGCGACUGACGACAGGAUGUGGACGCCAUUGCAUAGCGCAGCUUACGACGGCCAUUUGGAUACUACAAAAAUUCUAACUGUCAGCGGUGCUAAAAUUGAUGCGAGGACUGAAAAGCAGACUACACCACUGCAUUUUGCAGCAGACUACUGGCAUGUCGAAGUAGUUAAAUACCUUUUGGCAAAAGGAGCCGAAGUUAAUGCUCGCGAUCACACAGACUGGACGGCACUUCACUUUGCAGCAGAUGAGGGUUCCAUCCUAGUUCCUCUAGGGGCGUCGGGACACUCGGGUGCAGAAGCGCAGCACUCAAAAAUGAAUACUGUGCGAGCUCUCAUCGAAAACGGAGCUGAUAUAAAUGCAAAGGGAAGCAACGAUGAAACAGCUCUGCACACAUUCUUGAUAUAUAUUUUAUCUACAAUUCCAGUUGCCGGCAUACUUAUAAAAAGCAAUGUUAACCCGGGGGCAUUUAAGACAUUAAUGGCUGUCAGUGUGACAGGCUCCAGUUUCAAUGGCCACAGAGUUGGCCAGCUAUAG